AAAUGCCGGACGAGACGUUCGCAUCCGGAGCGCAGAGGGCUCUCUCGCUAUGGCACUCGUAUCGGGGGUAUGCCCUCGUGCUCUUGCCCGCCGUCUUCAUCCUCUCUCAUCUGAUUGCAGCGCGCGACAAAACUGCUGAAGCUUCUCCACCGUCGAUAUCUUCACCUCCCCAGUCCUCGAAAGCCAAACAAAGCCGUCCAACCUCGGGGACCGAGCCACCUACCUCCUCCACCACUCCGGAGGAGGGAACACCUUCGCCGAAUGGCGCUGCAACGAGGAGCAAGGGCCGGCCUCCAAAAAGGGUCAUUGGAACGAAACCCGCGAAGAAAGGAACGAAGCUGGUCAACGGGGAUUCCGACGCGACCAAGGAAAUCUCGAUACAACCCAUCAUAUUCUUCUCGUCCCUCACGGGGUCCACCGAACGAAGCGCGAAGCGUGUCCUCGAAAGGCUUAACACCGAGCCAUUGAAGGAUUCCAGACACUCGUCGAGACUUCUGGCUCCCCAGCUAUAUGAUCUAUCGUAUGUCGAUUUUGACGACUACUUCGUCUCUCCUCCGAAAGCCCCCGAAUCGAACCCGAACGUCCUGUACUUUUACUGUAUUAUAAUUCCAACCUACAACAUCGAUACGAUCUUGAAUACCUUUUUGGGCCACCUGGACGAAACGCACCAUGAUUUCCGCAUUGACACGGCGCCGUUAUCGGGACUGGCGGGGUACGCGGUGUUUGGCUUUGGAGACAAGGAAGGAUGGCCCACCGAAGAAGAAGGGUUCUGUUCUCAGGCAAAAGAAGUGGAUAAGUGGAUGGCGAAGCUAACUGGAAGGAAAAGAGCAUAUCCACUAGGCCUGGGUGAUGUAAAAGCUGACGGCGACAAGGCCCUCGACGAAUGGUGCAGUGGCAUGCAGGAGGUUCUGUGCGACAUGGUUACAAACAACGGCGCGCUGGGCGAAGGAGUGCCUGGCAGUGGGGACCCGCUUGAAAGUGAUGAAGAGGACGUUGAAGAUGAUGAGGGUGUACCUAACCCUGGAUCCAGGCCGCGAAAGGCUCGGAGAGCCGAAAUUACCGACUUGGAGGAUAUUAAAUUCGGCGGCGACGCCUCUGCAAAGCAGGGUUCAGAUAUACCAAUUGAUUUUACGACAUAUUCGAAGACAUCGACAUCGUUUGCUACGUCUACUCCAAAGGAAAUGGUACCCACAACCUCUCCCACGUAUGCGGCCCUGACAAAACAGGGCUACACAAUAGUCGGUUCCCACUCGGGAGUUAAGAUCUGUCGCUGGACGAAAUCAGCUCUCAGAGGACGUGGAUCAUGCUACAAGAACUCGUUCUACGGUAUCAAGUCGCAUCUUUGUAUGGAGACAACGCCAUCCUUGUCGUGCAGCAACAAAUGCGUAUUCUGUUGGAGACAUGGGACGAAUCCCGUCGGCACCACAUGGCGGUGGAAGGUGGACCCGCCGGAGCUAAUAUUUCAAGGGGUCAAGGAAGGCCAUUACAAAAAGAUCAAGAUGAUGCGUGGUGUGCCGGGUGUUCGUGCUGAAAGAUUUGCGGAAGCCAUGCGCAUCCGGCACUGUGCACUGAGCUUGGUUGGUGAACCAAUAUUCUACCCUCACAUCAACGAAUUCGUGUCCAUGCUUCACAGCGAACAUAUUUCGAGCUUCCUCGUCUGCAACGCGCAGCACCCGGACCAACUUGCGGCACUUGACCGGAUAACACAGCUCUACGUCUCGAUCGAUGCCAGCAACCGUGACAGCUUGCGAAAGAUCGACCGUCCCUUACAUAGAGAUUUCUGGGAGCGCUUCCAGCGCUGCUUGGACAUCAUUCGGGAGAAGACGCACGUACAGAGGACGGUGUAUCGUCUUACCUUGGUGAAGGGAUUCAAUAUCGAUGACGAAGUCGUCGGAUACGCCGACCUUGUGGAAAGGGGGCUUCCGUGUUUUGUGGAGAUCAAAGGCGUGACAUACUGCGGAACGAGCACGAGCGCUGGCGCGGGGCUGACGAUGCAAAACGUUCCCUUCUACGAAGAAGUGGCGGCGUUUGCGGUCGCGCUGAACGAAGAGCUGAACAGACGCGGCCUUGGCUACGGAAUUGGGGCAGAACACAGCCACAGCUGCUGUAUCCUGCUGGCCUCGCGUCGAUUCCAUGUUGACGGCAAGUGGCACACAAAGAUCAACUAUGAGCGUUUUUUCGAACUGUUGGAGCGCGAGAAGGCCGAGGGCGUGUCGUUCACUCCGGAGGACUACAUGAGCGAGACGGAUGAAUGGGCUCUGUGGGGUAACGGUGGCUUCGAUCCCAACGACCAACGUGUGUAUAGGAAAGGCAAGAACAAAGGCAACAUGUCAGAUGCCGGGUCGGUGCCCAAAGGAGGAGUUGUGGAGAUAUAG